UCUUUUUUUCUAAAUAACGGAGAAAAAAAAUGAAAAGGGGAUAAAGGAGUAAAGGACUGUCGCUCCUCUCCCCCUCUCUAUCUCGCUCUCCUCUUUUUCUGAUUUCGUAGUAAAAAACUGUAUCCUCCGCCAUAGCUUCAAAGCUCGCUAAUUUACUGAGCUUUUACCAAUCGGGGAGCAUCAGGUGCUGGUUGGUGGUGAGUGUUGGCAUUUGAAGAUCAGUUUGUAUAGAAAGGGAAGAGAGGAAUUUGAAGAUGAGUUCACGCAGCAGGAGUCGAAGCAGAAGCCGUAGCCGGAGCAGGAGUCCUAGGGAUCGUAGAAUGCGAUCUCCACGCUCUUCUUUUCGUGAUGCUCCAUUUAGGAGAGAUGCACGUCGGGGUUUCAGCCAAAGCAAUCUCUGUAACAACUGCAAACAGCCUGGUCAUUUUGCCAGAGAGUGUACAAAUGUUGCUGUUUGCAACAACUGCGGGCUUCCUGGGCAUAUUGCAGCCGAGUGCAGCACAAAAUCUUUAUGCUGGAACUGCCGUGAACCUGGGCAUAUGGCCAGCAACUGCUCAAAUGAGGGCAUCUGCCACUCAUGUGGCAAAGCUGGGCACCGUGCUAGAGAGUGUACGAAUCCUGAACUCCCUCCUGGUGACCUGAGACUCUGCAACAAUUGCUUCAAACAAGGUCACGUUGCUGCGGAAUGCACAAAUGACAAGGCAUGCAAGAAUUGCAGGAAGACAGGACACCUUGCCCGUGACUGCUCCAAUGAGCCUGUUUGUAACUUGUGCAAUGUCGCAGGCCACGUGGCUAGGCAAUGCCCUAAAGCCGAUGUCCUUGGAGAUCGGGGCAGUGGUGGCGGUUUCGGAGGAGGUGGUGGUCGUUAUGGUGGUUUCGGAGGUGGUGGAGGGGGUCGUUAUGGGGGUUUUGGAGGUGGUGGUGGUAGUCGUUAUGGUGGUUUUGGAGGUGGUGGAGGAGGAUACCCAAUGGGAGGGGGUUAUCGUGAUAUAAACUGCAGGAGCUGUGGGCAGAUGGGACAUAUGAGUAGAGACUGCAUGGGGGGUCCAGCUAUGAUUAUCUGCCACACCUGUGGUGGUCGAGGACAUAUGUCUUUUGAAUGCCCUUCAGGAAGAGUGAUGGAUCGUAUGCCAAGGAGGUACUGAAAUGGCAUGUUAUAUUGAUGGUGCUUUGGAGUUUGGAUGCAUGCAUUACAUGGAGAUAGUAAUUCUGAAUAAAAACUCAGUACAUUGUCUUGCCUUUUCAUUUAGUUCGUCAUUGAUUUUUGACUUUGUAGUGACUUUUUUCGGCUUGUUUUUUGUUUCCCUGUUGAGAAGUUUAGAACCAUUACAUAUUGGUUAGUGCGAAUUAUGCUGUUCUAUUUUCUGUGCUGUUGUAGUAUUUGAUGCAAAAUACACUAUAGGGUUGAUUUAUUUUUGUGAUUGGCA